GACAUCGAACCUAUUGUAACAAUGAACAAAGACUUUGAGAUUGAGAUAAAAAUCUCCCGUGCGGGACUGAUGAUGUUCGGACUAUGGCCUUGCUUGAAUAAGAACGUGAAUUGCCAAACUGCUCUACAGUUUAUCAUCCUAAUGAGUUUGAUGCUCGGCUUUUGCAAUAUACCGCAGACGUUCAAGUUAUUCGAAUCGAAAGAUUUCGACGAAAUGCUCGAAAUCAUAACGAAUUGCAAUAUCACGAUUUUGCUUGCGGCUAUAAAGUCACUGAAUUUCUGGUUCCACCGUAAAGAUCUAGAUGUGCUUAUCGCCGCGAUGAUCGAAGACUGGAAAGUGGUGAAGAAUCACGCGGAGAAGUUGAUCAUGCGUAGGAACGCGAAGAUAAGCUAUUUGAUUUCGAUCGUUAUAUUCUGGGUUGUCGGAUCAACGGUUGCGACGUUUUUCGCACUGAACUGUUACAAGCGAAUCAAAGAGUCGCAAGCCUUCAGAAUGGGCAAAGUGAAUGCAAGCGAGCGCAUUCGUCCGAUGUACAUGCUUUCGAAAUUCCCUUACGACGCGCAGAAAAGUCCAUAUUACGAAAUCACGUGGAUCUGCCAAAUAUUGUCGGCGGUGUCUGCCGCCACAGUUUUCGCCUCGAUCACUGGCUUUUUCGUGUCAAUCAUAUUUCAUCUUUGUGCUCAGUUGGAGCUUCUCAGAGAGCGAUUCAAAUAUCUAUUGGCCAGAGCUGCCCUCAACGAAAGCGGAAAUGAGCAUUUAAUUCUUUCGCCGAUUGUCGAGAGACACAUGUACUUACUAAAAAUCGUAGAUAUUAUCGAAAAUGCCUUCAGCGUGCAGUUGCUCGUGCAAUUAUUGACAUCGCUUGUGAUAUUUUGUCUCACAGAAUAUCAGAUCGUAAGGAUAAUCGACAAAGAUGUGAUAGACGUAUUAGAACUUGUCUUUGCGACAUACUACUACAUGACCUUUCUCGUCAGUCUUUUUGCGUACUGCGUGCUCGCAGUGAUCUUGAGCACGGAGAGCAUAAAACUGAAGGAGACGGCUUACAAUAGCGAUUGGUAUCGAUUGCCUCCGUCGGACGUGAAGCUGUUGAUUAUUAUAAUGGUUCGGGCAGAUCGACCGGUUGAACUGACUGCAGGCAAAUUUGUGCCUCUCUCUGUGGAUCUCUUCUGCAGUGUUCUGAAGACUUCCGGAGGAUACUUAUCAAUGUUAUUAGCAGUGAAGAACAGAGAUCACGAGGAUCUGCCGGAACUGUGAGAUUUCACGGUGAAGAAAAUGGCCUCAAACGCUACUCGUUUAUUCAUGAAGAAUAGCCAGAAACAUAGAAAAAUCAAAUUAAAAAAGUUUAUUUUAUGUUAUUUUCAACGUAUCCAAGAACAAAAGUCUUUGUAUUGAAUUAGCAUUAAUAGAGAAAAAGUGGAAACAUGGAUGCAAAGUCAGAAAAUAUUGUGUUUAAGAAACGUUAUUUAACAAUGAAAGGCACGCAUGCAUGUAUAGAAUUGAGAUUUUUAUUUUGCUGAAUGCUGUUACUGAGUAUUUUCUUAUUCAAAUUCAUUGAGAAAUUACUCGUCUUCGUCAUAAAAGCAUUGCUCUUUUUGAAGAACAAAUAAUGCUUAUUUUGAGCAAGACUAAUUGCUCAUUUAUAGUAACGAUUCAUACUUCUUGACUAACAUUCCAUUUAUUCGAAUUUGUAGUUCAUUUCGAGUAACAGAUUUUUCAAAUUAUGGAAUUGUGUGAAUUUGAGUGCUCAAAAGAUUACUAGAGGCUUGACACCUGAAAUUCAAUAGACCAUUUGUAUUGUUUAUUGUAUUUCAAGUGAUAUUUUUUACUGAUAGUUUUCCAAUAUAUUGAACUUAGUUUAUAUAUUGUAUGAUGAAUGGUAUUCAAAAGUGCUCCCGAUAAAUGCAACACAAUUCUCCUGUUAUCGGAACAGAGUCGAUCGUCGGACUUGAAUGUUUCGCCAAUUAAAAAUACCUACAAUGACAAAUCUAUCGAGAAACAGAAAGGAAAUUGACAAUUAGUUUUCGAUAUAAAAAUAAUUUUACCACAAUGUUACUUCAACUUCAAAAGUAAUCCAGGAAAAUUCUCAAAGAACGGUUGGAGAACAUUUUU